UAUCGAGGCGCCGACGGCCGUCUCCAUGACCCGUUGUCUGCUGGGAGGGAGUCCUGCUGCAACCGGGCGCUUAUCGAGCGGGCCGUCCAGUUUAGCUUCAGACCUCGACAGUGCCUGUGAGACGGGCAGCCAGCGCCGCGAAGAACCAUUACCGGACAGUGUCGGCGCCCGUGGAUGCGAUGUACCACAGCGCCGAGCACGUGUCCACCAUCAGCGGCCGCUACGGAAAGUCCGAGGGCGAGCCCCCGUUCCAAGCUGUCCUUCUACACCCUAGAAAGGCGGAAAAGGUUCACUCGUCACGCUCCUUGCCGGGCAGAUCUACAGACUUUAUUACGAGCCACGGUUUUUCUCCGCAGCGGCAGAGCAGCCACGAGAAUGUAUCCAGUACCGACAGCUCAAAUGUGCACGUUCAGAUAUCGGACAUUGCUGGCGACGAAGAUAUUGUAGCAAUAACGUACUUUCUGAAGAUAUGCAAGUCAACUAUAUUGAAGCCAUACUCCGUCAUUCUACAGUUGGUAGCAUGGCGUAAGUUUCGCAAGGACAACCCUACGCGUCACCACUUGUCAUGGAGGAUCAUGAAUGUCCUGUACCCAGCCAUUAUCCUGAUGCUGCUGCUUUUUUAUGCGGCUCUUCAGGGUCUAGCUUGUCCUGGACGUCUAGAAUUCAAAACAAUGCAAGCGACAGCUCUGCGGAACUCGACAAAAAUCGUCCCAAGAAACGUGACUCCUACCCCUGACUACUUCUGGGAUGAUUAUGACGACUACACAACAACGCAGAGUUACGAGGUGCAGUCUCUGGGCGAGCUGCCGCUGUGUCAGCACCGGCUCACCCUGUACAUCCUGCCCAGCCUGCUGCAGGUGAUCGCCUUCCUCUACGGCUCCUACAUGUUCCGAAUCAUCGGGGUGGACGAGGAACUGUACGCCAUCAUGGAGAAGGUCUUUCUGCAGUCGUCAGCGUACUUUACGGAGCGGAUUAUCAUAACAGUUACAAGGAGGUUCCUACUGGCAGGCGUAGUAUGGACGCUUAUGCAGAUAGCGGUGCAAAUACUUUACAACUUGGCCUUGGAAACAGAAGAGCAACUUAUGGAGAGAGCUUUUUCAAAGUUACCAGAGUGGAAGACGAUGGUGCUAAUCACACUUCGGAUCCUGGGCCAGCUGGCGAUGAUCCUUGUGGAGAUGGCUGUGGUGCUCAACUACUGCACCCAGUGCGAGAUGAUCAUCAUCUACCUGCGCGGGGUGGCGCUGAGGCUGCGGGAGAAGCGCAUCACCAUCCGCGAGGGAAUGCACGUCAGUCGCCGCUCCCUCGCUCGUACGAGCACCCGCUUAGAAAGGGAGGUUACGCUCACAGAGCAGGCGCGACCGACCAGUGCGUUCUGUGAAAAAACUGUCUGCUACCGUACAGGCGCAUAUGAAACCAAACUAUCAGAGUGCGCACUUAAGGCGGGUCCUUAGUGCAUUUUAACGAUCUGUAGAAAGGUGACCGCUUGCGUACGGUCUCAGAUCUACUGUUAGCACUUAUAGGUUUCGUAGCGAUGUAGUACAGCUCCCCACUACACUUGUCUAUAGACCUUUUCAUCGGGCGAGGAGGAAAGGGCGCGCGACGAGCCUUUCCUCCUCUCUGGCUUGGGCGAGCCAGCGCGGCGCGCCUUGAAUGUGUUGCCGGUCGCUCGCUGCGGAAAGAUUUGGAGGUGUUUUAGCUAGUUCUGAGUGCAAUUUACGGGAUGUCAGUUCUUGCGAGGUCGUCGAACAACC